AUGGCAGGAUGGGAUCCAUUGGACCGGCGGAUCGAGGUGGAGAAAAAGGAGAAAUAUGGCCAAGCACUUCGUGACCAAAUGGCCAUGAACAGCGCAAGGGGAGCUCCUGGUGAGACCUCAAGCUCCCCUUUGCCACCAAGUCGUGGCAGCUCCUGCACAAGGGCAGCGGGGGAGGCCAUUGCCUCCCCUCACUCCGGCCUCAUGCAUGGGCCGCUGGACAGUUCCGCUGCCAGCAAGGUGGCACAAGUGCAGGAACUGAUGCGGCAACGGCUCCAGGCGGUACAGGAUGAGCAGCAGCGGCAAUGGCACGAAAUUCAGCUUGCGCUGAACGGGCAGUUGCAUGCUGCAAAGGAGGCUGCAGAGGAAGCUGUCCGCCGGGAGUUUGGAGAGGUGAUGCAAGGGCAGGCCGCGGAGAUGCAAAAUUUACGCAAAGCUUUAAGCGACAUGAUGCAGUCCCAGAGAGCCACUGAGGAACAUGCUGGUCGACAGGUGGAUGCUUUGGCCGGUGAGCUUGCAGAUGCCAGAGCUGCCAUUCAGAGAUUUGAAGCUGAGACCGGUGGUUGGCAAAGCCAGAUCCGAAGCCUCAACCAUGCCGUUGAGGAGUUGGCCCGAGCAAAACAAGAGCAAGCGGCACAUCAGGACGCCGCGCAUCGAGAGCUAGCAGAGGCACGGAGUGCCAUGCAGCGUUUGCAGCUGCAAAGCGAUGAUUUUCAAAGUCGACUUCAAAGCCAGGCUCAGGAGAUGGAAAGGCUAAGGGCUGAGAAGCAGGAGUGUGCAAGAGAACACGAAGCUUGCGCCAGGGAUCGGGCAUUGCUGUCCCAAAGGUUGCAGGAUGUGGAGGGCAUUCUGAAUGAGCUCAGAGGCCAGUAA